AUGCCCAUCUCCCUUACGCAAGAAAGCAACGUUGAUGUACUGGUUAUUGGUGCAGGCCCUGCUGGGUUGAUGUGUGCCAUGGCGCUGUCUCAUGCUGGUGUCAACGUACGAAUAGUUGACCGACGUCCCGCGAAGGUCAAAGCUGGACAAGCAGAUGGUAUACAGCCAAGGAUUAUCGAGGUCUUCCAGAGUUAUGGCCUCGCUGAUCGCCUCUUCAAAGAGGCGGUGCAAGUGCAUGUGGCGUGUACGGAUCGCGCAUCCGAUGUUACGGCGCCCACUGCACGAUACCCAUUCGAGAUGGCUCUCCAUCAAGGUGCAAUAGAGCAGAUUUUCAUGGACUCGAUGGCAUCGAAGGGCGUCGAAGUAGAAAGACCAAUCAUACCGACAUUCAUCGAGUUGUCAGAUGAUGAAGCUGUUCUCAAAGACCCAACAUCGCAUCCCGCAAGGGUGGUCUUGAAACAUCUCGAUGUUGAAGACGGGAAACCGGAUACUGAAGUCGUCUAUGCCAAGUUCGUGAUCGGUUGUGAUGGCGCACAUUCGUGGAUCCGCAAACAGUUCGACAUAACGAUGGAGGGUGAACAGACAGAUUAUAUAUGGGGUGUCGUAGAUCUUAUCCCGGAGACUGACUUCCCGGACAUUCGGAACCGCUGUGCAAUACACUCUCACAAUGGGUCGUGCAUGGUCAUUCCUCGAGAGGGAGACAAAGUCCGCCUGUACACCCAGCUUUCAGAUAAGGAUGUUGUCGACGCGAAGGGCAGAGUUGACAGGAGCAAGAUGGGACCAGACAAUAUUCUAGAAGUAGCGAACAAGUCGCUGUAUCCUUACACCAUAUCGGCGUCUCAUGAGAUCGAUUGGUGGACGCUCUACAUCAUCGGCCAGCGAGUUGCGGAUAGAUACUCUGUUCACGAACGCGUUCUCAUUGCUGGAGACGCGUGCCAUACACAUUCGCCCAAAGCAGGUCAAGGGAUGAACGCUAGCAUGAAUGACACACACAAUCUCGCAUGGAAGCUUGCACAUGUCCUGCGAGGCUGUGCUGACAUUUCUCUUCUAAAAACCUACGAGUUUGAACGUCGGAAGUAUGCGCAAGAUCUGAUCAACUUCGACAAAAAGUUCGCCACUUUGUUCUCAGGAAAGCCACGCACUGAAGAUAACGAAGAUGGUGUCUCGCACGAGGAAUUCCUGGAGGCGUUCCAGGCAUUCGGUGCUUUCACGAGUGGCAUUGGCGUUCAUUACCAACCAUCAGCCAUCGUCAAUACCAAGCAUCAAUCGUUCGCGAGCAACCUCAUCAUCGGACAGCGUGUGCUUCCUCACGUCUUCAUUCAUGCCGCGAACUUCCAGCCGGUUGAGAUGCAAGAUCUACUGCCAUCGGACAUGCGUUUCAAAGUCCUUGUGUUCACUGGAGAUACCACUGACAAGACGCAGCUCAAGUCCAUCAGAUCGCUAGCAAAGGAGUUGGCCGAGCCCGAGAGGUUCUUGAAUCGUUUUGGGCACGGACGCAGCGGCGCCGUUUUCGACAUCCUGUCAAUCAGUUCUGCAAAGAAGCGACAAUCAAAUUACACCGAUGUACCGGAGAUCCUCAGAUCUCACUGGUCCAAAUUCCUCCUCGACGACGGCGAUAUGUACAAGCGAAGUGGAGGUGGAGGAUACGAAGCCUACGGCAUUCAUCCUUCCGGAGCGAUUGUCGUGGUGCGGCCGGAUGGGUAUAUCGGCAUGGUCGCUCCCCUCAAUGGCCUCCAGGACAUCGACAACUACUUCGCCUCAUUCAUGAUCUCCUCGCCCUAA